AAAAAAACUUUUUGUAUCGAAGGAAUCAACAGCCGCCAUCUUGUCUCGGCUCGGAAUCAGGAUUUCGAUAGAGCACUAUUUUUUAUUUUUGGACGCGGAGCAUCCGAAUCGAGGUUUGACGACACCGUUCAGCGGAAAAUGACACGUUUAUAUCGCCGCGAAGGAAUUUUUGGCGAAAAAUCCUGGAUUUAAUCGGCGUUCGUCGGACACAAAACCCUCGUAUAUCUGAUUUCCCCUUCAGAGCGGCGCUUGCGUCCGUAUUUCGCUCCGAGCGGGUAUUGUUUACCGGACGCUUUUGGAGGACAGACAGCGCCGAGGAGACUAUUUUGCAGAAAUAUCUCAUUUUUAUGCAACCGUGCAUUUUUUCACGGAGCCAGACGAUUUUUGCAGGGAAAAAAUUGACGUCAGAAAAUGGAUCGAGUGCCGUUGCAAAAUUAACGACGCUCGCACGCGAGGAUUCCUCUGGAUAUUUUAUUUGGGAUUUAACGUUGAAUUCGCGGAAAAGGAGGCGUUUUCUCUCGGUAAUAUAACGAUGAUAAUGUGGGUGUUGGGUGUUGGAUUAUCAUGGGGUGAAUGGUGGUGGCGACGCGGGGCGCUGUUGCUGCUUUUUUGAGAAAAUCCUCCGCCGAGCCGCUCCACACUCCCCACGUCUUUCACAGAAAGUAAGGUAACAUCUGUUUUUUUGACGAAAGGAUCCUUCACUUGCAAUUUUUCCCCACAACAUUCGGCCAGAAGCUCAUUUUUUAACCGCAAUGGCUGAAAAUGUGCUCGACGGUGGCCCUCCAAGCGCGAAGCGAGCGAAGCUGACAGCACCUGCUCCAGACGCUCCAGAGUUGGGUUCCCUUUCCUGGGAUGACCUGGAGAACGAUCUUCCAGAUGAGCUGAUACCUAACGGAGACCUGGGGCUGAUGUCCAUGUCGUCUAACGGCGGGGCGUCUACGGGCGGUCACGGCCCCAUGGUCCCCGACGCUGCAGCCAAGCACAAGCAGCUCUCCGAGCUCCUACGGCCAGGAAGCAGCGCCGGGAUGAACUCGGCCAGUCCGCAGCCCGGUGGCAUCGGACCUCAGCUGGGUGGGCUUGGAAAGAGUCCCCUGGGCCAGGGCUCCCCUUCCCAUCCCUCUCAAACACAGAAACCAGGCGGCACUCCUGGGACGCAGGGCAAUAACGCCGGCUCAGCCGGCAUGGGACUCGGCACAGGAUUUAACCAGGCCAUGCUGAACAGCGGCAUGAUGGGACAGAACGCGGCCGGACAGCCAGGUCAGGUGAUCAACGGGACUCUCGGGUCUGUGGGUCGCGGUCGGGGAGCGCCAGGGAUGCAGUACCAGGGGGCCGGCAUGCAGGUGGCACCUUCCGUAGGGGCGGGAGGAGCGGCGGGGGCGGCGGCACCGGGAGGAGCGGGGAGUGUCCUGGCAGAGACGCUCACACAGGGGGCGCAGCAAAUGGGCAUCAACACCCAACAAGCUGGAAAUAUCAACAAGAUGGGCAUGGCAGGUGGAAACAGUCCGUUCGGUCAGUACCAGGGUGCAGGGCAACAAAUGGGCACGACUGGGGUGAACGCUCAGAAUAAAGGCGCUCUUCCCAACAGCCUGCCCCAGUUUCCAACUGACCUGAAGGGAGCGACGGUCACCAGCGUGCCAAACAUGCCCCAGCCCCAGCAGCAGCAGCAGGUGUCGGUGGGGAUGGUGGCAGGUCAGGGCGUGUCGGCGGGCCCCACGGCCGACCCGGAGAAGCGCAAGCUGAUCCAGCAGCAGCUGGUUCUGCUGCUGCACGCCCACAAGUGCCAGCGGCGCGAGCAGGCCAACGGCGAGGUGCGAGCCUGUGCGCUGCCCCACUGCAGGACCAUGAAGAACGUCCUGAACCACAUGACGCACUGCCAGGCCGGCAAAUCCUGCCAAGUGGCUCAUUGUGCUUCAUCGAGGCAGAUCAUCUCGCACUGGAAGAACUGCACGAGGCACGACUGUCCCGUCUGCCUCCCGCUGAAGAACGCCAGUGACAAACGCAACCAGCAACCAAUGCUGAGUCCCCCCAACGCUGCUUUGCAGAACCCUAUCGGGACGGCCGGCACGGGGCAGCAGACGGCGCCCACUCUACCCAGUUCCACGCCCAUCGACCCCAGCUCCAUGCAGAGGGCGUACGCUGCCCUCGGCCUCCCCUACAGCAACCAGACCCCCACACAGGCCCAGUCCCCCGCACAGACGCAGGGCCCCGGGCAGCCGACUGCGCAGACGCAGAACCAACACCAGCAGCAAAUGAGACCCAUCAAUGCACUUGGGGGUGGUCAAAUGAAUCCAAUCGGCGUACCGACAUCAGAACAGGCUAAGCUGCUCCAGGAUGGCACUAUGCCAUCAACCCUUAACCCUAACAAUCAGCUGAUGACGGACGGCCCAACGGUAGUCAACAUGGGUAACCUGCCCACAGCGGCCCCUCUGUCCGCCACCGGUGUGAGGAAAGCCUGGCACGAGCAUGUCACUCAGGACCUCCGCAACCACCUUGUACACAAACUGGUGCAGGCCAUCUUCCCUACGCCAGACCCCGCUGCCCUGAAGGACCGCCGCAUGGAGAACCUAGUGGCGUACGCACGAAAAGUUGAAGGGGAUAUGUACGAGUCGGCUAAUAGCAGGGACGAGUACUAUCACUUUCUGGCGGAGAAGAUCUAUAAGAUCCAGAAAGAGCUGGAGGAGAAGAGAAGGUCCCGAUUACAGAAGCAGAUUAUUAACCAGGCGCCCAUGACUGCAGCGGGACAACAGCCGCCGGCCCUCAACCAGCCUAAUGUCAUGGGACCUCGGCCACAGAAUGGACCCGUGCCUAUGCCCAAUGUGCCAAAUCAGAUCAUCAGUCGCAUACAGGUGUCUCAAGCAGGGUUGAAUCCAUUCGGUGGAAUGCCCAAUGUGCCGAUGUCUCAGGCCCCAAUGGCAACACGCGCCGCCUCUCCGAUAAACCAUCAACAGAUCAACAUGAACCAAGUCCCGACGAUGAACAUGUCUCCCACGCGAAUGCCCCCGACGCAAAGUAUGCUGGGAGCUCACGGCGGGAACAUGGUGGCGCAGACGCCCAACCAGACGCAGUUCAUGGCUCAGCCGCAGUUUCCCGCCAACACCAACGCCAUGAACGUCAACAUGGGUCAGCCCAACGCGCAGGCGGCCGUUUCGCAGCAGCCGAACGCUAACCUCUCCCUGAAUGCACUUGGCCCCUUGGCCCCCACGCUAGGCUGCCCCGCGCCCCCUCAGGCUCCACUCCGCGCCACGCCGCCCCCCAACGCCACCGCCAGCACCACUAACCUGCCAGCAGCACUGCAGCCCAGUCAGGCCUCCACACCCACCCCCGCCCCUGCUCAGGGCACCCCGCCUCACAUGCAGCCCCAGACGGAGCUGCCCCUCCCUGCCCAGCAGCACCCUGGAACACCGAGCGGUGAAAACCGUGUGCCCACCCCAGCGUCAGCAGCCAGCGCCGAGCUGCACUCCCAGCAUGCCGUGCCUGACGUACCGCCCAGUGACACUAAAACAGAAGAGCAAGAAUACGAAAUAGGCAACAAAACGGAGCCCAAGAUGGAGACGGAGGACGACACAGGCUCCCUAUUGGUCAAAAAGGACGAGCAGGAGGGGUUGGAGGCUAAGCAGGAGCCAAUGGAGAUGGAGGACAAGAAGACAGACUUGAAGACUGAGACCAAAGAGGAAGAUGAAAGCAGGACGAACGGCACAACGUCCUCUUCACCGUCCCAGUCUCGCAGGAAAAUCUUUAAGCCAGAGGAGUUGCGGCAGGCGUUGAUGCCCACUUUGGAGUCUCUGUACAGGCAAGAUCCAGAGUCAUUGCCCUUCAGGCAGCCUGUGGACCCUAUACUUCUCGGCAUCCCUGACUACUUUGAUAUCGUGAAGAACCCCAUCGACCUGUCCACUAUCAAGCGCAAACUGGACACGGGUCAGUAUCAGGAGCCGUGGCAGUACGUAGAUGACGUGUGGCUGAUGUUCAACAACGCGUGGUUGUACAACAGGAAGACGUCGCGUGUGUACAAGUACUGCUCCAAACUGGCCGAGGUGUUCGAGCAGGAGAUCGACCCCGUCAUGCAGCUCCUCGGGUACUGCUGCGGAAGGAAGUACGAGUUUUCUCCUCAGACGCUGUGCUGUUACGGCAAGCAGCUGUGUACAAUACCCCGAGACGGCACUUACUACAGUUAUCAGAACAGGUAUCAUUUCUGCGAGAAGUGCUUCAAUGAGAUUCAGGGAGACAGUGUGACACUAGGAGAUGAUCCUGCUCAGCCCCAGACCAUGAUCUCUAAAGACCAGUUCGAAAGGAAGAAGAAUGACACGUUAGAUCCUGAGCCGUUUGUUGAAUGUAAAGACUGUGGGCGGAAGAUGCAUCAGAUAUGCGUCCUGCAUUACGAGGUCAUCUGGCCUUCCGGUUUCAUCUGCGAUAACUGUUUGAAAAAGAGCGGGAAGACGAGAAAAGAGAACAAGUUUUCGGCAAAAAGGUUGCAGAUGACGCGGUUAGGCACUUACAUAGAGGACCGGGUGAACAAGUACUUGAAGAGACAGAACCAUCCGGAAGCUGGAGAGGUGUUCGUGCGAGUCGUAGCCAGUUCAGACAAAACGGUGGAGGUCAAACCUGGCAUGAAGGCCAGGUUUGUCGACACAGGAGAGAUGCCCGAAAGCUUCCCCUACAGAACCAAAGCACUUUUCGCCUUCGAGGAGAUUGACGGCGUGGACGUGUGUUUCUUCGGCAUGCACGUGCAAGAGUACGGCUCUGACUGCCUUUUCCCUAACACCAGACGGGUAUACAUAUCGUACCUCGAUAGUAUUCACUUCUUCAGACCUCGCAUGCUGAGAACAGCAGUCUAUCAUGAAAUCCUCAUUGGCUAUUUGGAAUACGUCAAGAAGCUUGGAUACGUUACGGCGCAUAUCUGGGCGUGUCCGCCUAGCGAAGGUGACGAUUAUAUCUUCCACUGUCACCCCGCCGACCAGAAAAUCCCAAAACCCAAGCGCUUGCAGGAGUGGUACCGCAAAAUGCUGGACAAGGCCUAUGCUGAGCGGAUACUGCAUGACUACAAGGACAUCUUUAAGCAAGCAACCGAGGACCGUUUAACGAGCGCAAACGAGCUUCCGUACUUCGAGGGUGAUUUUUGGCCCAACGUGUUGGAGGAGAGCAUCAAAGAGUUGGAGCAAGAAGAAGAGGAGAGGAAAAAAGAAGAAAACACGGCAGCUUGUGAAACUCCAGAGGGCACGCCAGGGGACAGUAAGAAUGCAAAGAAGAAGAACAACAAGAAAACAAAUAAGAAUAAAAGCAGCGUGAGCCGAGCUAAUAAAAAGAAACCUGGGAUGCCGAAUGUAGCCAACGACCUUUCUCAGAAACUCUACGCCACAAUGGAGAAACACAAAGAGGUCUUUUUUGUAAUCCAUCUGCACUCUGGGCCCAUGGUCAACUCAUUACUACCCAUCGUUGACUCCGAUCCCCUUCUGACCUGUGACCUAAUGGACGGAAGGGACGCCUUCUUGACAUUAGCACGGGAUAAGCACUGGGAGUUCAGCUCUUUGCGGCGUUGCAAGUGGAGCACCAUGUGCAUGCUAGUGGAAUUACAUAACCAGGGCCAGGACCGCUUUGUCUACACCUGCAACGAAUGUAAACACCAUGUCGAGACACGCUGGCACUGUACAGUCUGUGAGGACUUUGACUUGUGCAUUAGUUGCUACAACACUAAGGGCCACGAGCACCAGAUGGUUAAGUGGGGUCUGGGUUUGGACGACGACAACAACAGUCAAAGUGGCGAGGCCUCCAAGAGUCCUCAGGAGAGUCGGCGUCUGAGCAUCCAGCGUUGCAUUCAGUCUCUGGUGCAUGCCUGCCAGUGCCGCAACGCCAACUGCUCCCUGCCGUCUUGCCAGAAGAUGAAGCGUGUGGUGCAGCACACCAAGGGCUGCAAGCGCAAGACAAACGGCGGCUGUCCGGUGUGCAAGCAGCUCAUUGCGCUCUGCUGCUAUCAUGCCAAGCACUGUCAGGAGAACAAGUGCCCCGUGCCCUUCUGCCUCAAUAUCAAGCACAAACUGCGUCAGCAACAACUGCAGCACAGGCUCCAGCAGGCGCAAAUGAUGCGGAGACGCAUGGCCACUAUGCAGGGCCGAGCCAUGCCUCAGAGCCUGCCGUCACCACCUGCGUCGACAGCCCCCAGCACGCCCACCUCGCAUCAGCAACCCAACACCCCUCAGACGCCCCAACCGUUGUCCAACCAGCCGACAACUCCCAACGCGGGCGUCAUGUCCCCGACCUAUCCCAGUACACCUCGCAAUGGGCAGCCCCCUCCUCAAAAUUCACAGGGCAAACCUGGCCCACAGGCUUCUCCACUACACCAGCAGCAGUCUCCGCUCCCGCAACCUCCCCAGCAGCAGCAGCCACCGCAGCAGCCUCCGCAACAACAGCCUCCGCCUAUGGCGGUCAAAAUGGCACGGCACAUAGAAAUGGUCGCGCAGGCUCAACACCAACAGAACUAUCGCAUGACCAUGAACGGCCUUCCCAUGAACCACCAGCAGCCACGCAUGCAAGGCCCCAUGCAGCCGCCCAUGCAGCACGUCGGGCCACGCGGGCAACAGGUCAUGCCGCAGAUGCCGCAAGGACAGUGGACCGGAGGUCCUCAACCAGGCAUGCAAGCGGCUCCGCAGCAGGUUGCUCCGCAACAAACCCCACCGGGUGCGCCGCAGACCAUGCCUAUGCAGCGCCCCACGAUGCCCCAGCAAGCGGCACAGCCGCGCAUGAUGGUGCCCACACAGGGCCCGCGACCGCAAGCACCCCAGAGACCCGGAGCCAUCGCCCCCAAUGCCUUGCAAGACCUGCUACGCACCCUCAAGUCGCCCAGCUCGCCGCAACAACAGCAGCAGGUGUUGAACAUCCUCAAAUCGAACCCGCAACUCAUGGCCGCCUUCAUCAAACAAAGGACCGCGAAGUACCACGCCAACCAGCCGCAGCAGCAGCAACAAGCGCAACAGGGCAUGCAUGCAGCGCAGCAGCCGAUGCAGAACAUAGCAGCCAUGCAGGGAGUGCCGCGACCUGUCAUGGCACCGCAGCAGCAGACCGCACCGCAAGGCAUGGCAGCUCUCGGACCGCAGGGUCAACUCAUGAACCCUGCGCAUGCCAACAACCCACAGCUUCAGGCGAUAUACCGCCAUCAGCUGCUGCGGCAGCAGCAGCAGCAGCAACAACAGCAACAGCAGCAGGGAGUGAUGCCGCAGGCACAUGGCCAGUUCCCGCAGGCACAAGGCACUGCUACCAACUACACGCAACUGCGGCAGCAGCAACAACUGGCCAUGCAAGGAACGGGUGGACCUAUGGGCCAGCUUCCCCCUAUGGCCCAAAUGGGGCAGGCCGGGAUGGGAAUGGACGGCACGUCCAAUCUCCUGCACCAACGCAUGCUCCAGCAACAGCAGCAGCUUCCGCAACAGCAGGUUGUCCUCAAGCCUCCGAUGGGCUCUCCGGCGCAACCAAGUCCCAUGAGCCCGCAAACUCACCUGCUUUCCGGCCAGCCCCAAGGCGCGCACCUUCAAGGCCAACCCAUGGCUAAUGCACUCAGUAAUCAGGUGUGCUCGCCGGCCCCCGUACAGUCGCCCAGACCUCCGUCGCAGCAGCCUCCGCCACAUUCCAGUCCUUCCCCGCAGAUUCAGCCACAGCCGUCGCCGCACAACACGGGAUCGCCACACCCUGGUCUGACGACGCCCAUGCCUGGCUCUAUGGAGCAGGCGCACCUGGGCGGACCCGAGCAGAGUGCCAUGCUCCCGCAACUUAACACGCCCAACCGCGGAGGGCUGCCCAGUGACUUAGGCUUGGUGGGAGACACGACGGGAGACACGCUGGAGAAAUUUGUGGAGGGAUUGUAGCGUUUACUGGGAGACUCCACCCACCACAGUCUCCCCGUUCCUCUUUUUUUUUGUGGCUCUGUUGUUUUUUUUUCUCUAAUAUUCCCGAAUUUUUUUGUACUGACAUGUAAAAAGUUUGAAGAAAUGUAUGGAAAAAAAAAAAAAAAAAAAAAAAAAAAAAAAAUUUAUGUCGACAUGGAAUAGGGAAUGUUGAUGUUUCCUAAAAACAAAAGACUGAUUUCUUCCUUUUCAGAGGGAUUUGAAAAAUUGUUGUUUAAAAGAAAUAUAAAUCACAAAGAAUAUAUUUUUUGUUCAGUUUAGACCUAUGUGUGGUCAGUGUUUUUUGUUUCGGGGGAGGGUGGUCUGGUUUCAUGCCUUUUCUUUUUUUUAAGAAAAUUACGAAACUUCAUUAUAUUAUUCGUACCUUUUUGUUUUAUACCUUAUCUAACUUUGCAGCAUUUUUGUGUUGAAAGAUUGUAAAAUAAUUUGUCUGGGAGUUCGGGUCAGGGUCUCUCCGCUCUGUCUGUCAUCCUUCCUGGCGAUUGUAUUCUAGUGUUGUACCAUUUUUUCAGACAUGCAUUUGGAGGUAUUUCCUCCUUUCCUCAUUGUGAAGUUUGUAUGAGGAGAACUGUUUGUUUGUAUUGAUAGGAACUGUGCAUACGCAUGUAUGCAGACACACACACGCGCGCAUCAGUCAGACAAUACCAAUACGGCACCGACCCCAAGAGGACAUGUACACAUUUACAACAUCUCACUGGCCUGGAUCCAGAGGUUCUGUCUUGCAGAUGUAGAAUAUUGUUGCUUUCUGUCCUAAUUUUGUCAUACAGAUAUAUAAAUAUAAAGAGAGCUAGAGAGAAAGAGGGAAAGAGACGGGCCCCUAAGCUGAGCAGGAGGGAAUGGGCGAUCACUGGUUGACUGCUUGUUGGAAACACAGAAUGGAUUCUGCUAUUGACCCUCAUUCCUCUCACACAAACUUGAACGGGGGCUCUACUUUUUCCCUUAAUGUAAAUCAUGCAAGUUAUUAAGCAAAGUACUAUAAAUAUAAGGAAGAGAGAAUGGAAUCACUGUAUAAACUGGUUGAAAAAAAAACUUAUUUCUUACUUAUAUACCAUAUUGUUAAAUAAACUGUGUGCAACAGAUCAAAA